GGUGCGUGAAAGUAGGUAAGCUGUCAAAAUAACCAAAUAUCAUAAUUGUUUGAUUCAAGCAACAGCAGACGGACAAUCCGGAGGUGAGCAUCGCUCAGAUAUCGGUCGAACGUUGAUCCCAAAAGCUGGGUUUUACCAUCUGUCAUUUGUGCGGAAAGGAAAAGUUCAAAUCAACUGGUGUCGUCCGUUUGUGUUCGGCAAAAUGGACAGCUUCCUGCGGUUCUUCAUCAAAUUUCAUGGCUACUGCAUCUGCAUUGUGAGCAGCGUUCUCACUCCCGUGUUUACGGCGCUGCUGUCGAAUGUCAGCUCCUACAGCCAAUGGGACGAUUUGAUCGAUUUACGUUUCUCCGGGAUACCGGUUCUCAUAUUGGGAAUCGCUUGGAUGAUUGCCGACAGCUUCCUUAUCAUCGGAGUAACUAAGGAGAGAAAAGCGUUCCUAUACCCGUUCUGCGUUAUGUUUUUGCUUGAGCUGUUCAUGGUGCUGAUGCGUGAUAUGUUUUUGUUGGCUACCGGCGAUGGUUGGUACAAAACGGCUUUCUUCAAUCUGACCCUACCGAUUUUGAUGUUUAUCGUCCCGUACGUGGUGCUCUCGAUGAUGGCGUUGAUUAGAUUGUUCGAUGUGGAUCCUAUCGAAAAAACCGAAGACAACUUUGUGCGCUUCGAUAGAAACGGACCGGAAGAAGUGGACCGGGUUACCAUUGGAGGUUGAGACUGAACCACAGCAGCGGCGUAGAGUGCCACCUAGUUUGGAUAGAGGGAAAACAAGUCUCGAACUGGUAUGUUCUUAAUUGUGGGAAAAGUUUUACCUAUAUGCAACUGAACGAAGGCUAGUAUCGAUGAGAGUAGUGGCAUUAUAUGUUUUAACGUUUUGGACAACGGCAGAAUCCCGAUGAUCCACUCAAUGUAAUGUUAACAUUAACUUAUCUGUGAAAGCAAAGGGCAACUUGUUGGAGGAUAUUUGAAACUCGAAAACUGACAUAUGACAUCUGGUAUAUCUGGUAUAUGACUAUUUAGAUUGUAGAGUGCAGCUUAUACACUAUUAACCAUCGAUUUAUGGAAGUCAUAAUAGAUUUAAGCUCCAAUGUGUAUGAAUACCGUGUGUUCUAAAUGUGUAGUGAACUUCCAAUAUUGGUUGUGUUUUUAAACUUAUCUUUAAGUUUCUAUUUUUUUUUGUAUAUCUGUUAUUAUGUCCAAAGAACGUUAUUUUAAAUGAUUACGUUUUUUAUACAGAUUACUAAUAAUUGCGGUAUAUUGAAUCCAA